GUUACUAAACUAAUUAUGAAGGAUGUACCAAAAAAAUCACAAUGCUACUUGAUUUUUUUCAUUGUUGUUUCCAUCUAAGCCAUGUAUAAAAUGCAGAUUCUUCUUAAGCUGACUGGUAGCUUGACUUUGUAUCCAAUUAUUCACUUUAUAUACAAUGCAAAUAUGGUUGUGUGGAUCAAACAUGGUUGAUAACAAAUAGAGAAAAAAUGGGUUCUCAUCAGAAAAAUCUAUUGGUUCUUCUUACUCUCAUAUGGAGUUCACUGAUAAUUCUAUGUUAUGGUAGUAUCUCAAGUGAGUAUUCCAUAUUAGCUUUUGACAUUAACAAGUUACCUUCAGAGGAACAAGUGAUUGAGUUGUUCCAAAAAUGGAAGGAGCACCACAGAAAGCUCUAUAUACAUCCCGAAGAAGCGGCUUUAAGGUUGGAGAAUUUCAAGAAGAAUUUGAAAUAUAUUGUAGAGAGGAAUGCAAUGAGAAACUCGCCACUCGGACACCGUCUUGGAUUGAACAGGUUUGCUGAUAUGAGCAAUGAGGAGUUCAAGAAUAAGUUUAUUUCAAAGGUGAAGAAGCCAAUUAGCAAGAGGAGGCUUGUUAAGGGUGAAUCCUGUGAAGAUGCUCCUAAUUCUUUAGAUUGGAGGAAGAAAGGAGCCGUGACUGGUGUGAAGGAUCAAGGCAACUGUGGUAGUUGUUGGUCAUUCUCGUCCACCGGAGCCAUAGAAGGAGUAAAUGCAAUAGUUACUGGUGACCUUAUAAGCCUUUCGGAACAAGAACUUGUAGAUUGUGAUACUACUAACGAUGGAUGUGAUGGAGGCUACAUGGAUUAUGCUUUUGAAUGGGUUAUAAACAAUGGUGGGAUAGAUACAGAAGCUGAUUACUCUUACACUGGUGUGGAUGGUACCUGCAAUGUCACCAAGGAGGAAACCAAAGUUGUUACCAUUGAUGGUUACACUGAUGUGGCACAAUCAGAUAGUUCCUUGUUGUGUGCUACUGUGAAGCAGCCAAUAAGCGUUGGUAUAGAUGGCUCCUCAUUGGAUUUUCAACUGUAUACUGGUGGAAUCUAUGAUGGAAAUUGCUCAAGUAAUCCAGAUGAUAUUGAUCAUGCAGUUUUAAUCGUGGGUUAUGGCUCGGAAGGUGAUGAAGAUUACUGGAUUGUAAAGAAUUCUUGGGGAACCAGUUGGGGAAUUGAAGGGUACAUUUAUAUUAAAAGGAAUACUAGUUUAGAAUAUGGAGUUUGUGCAAUCAAUUAUAUGGCAUCUUAUCCUACCAAAGAGUCCUCUUCAAUAUCACCAACUAGCCCUCCUUCACCGCCUCCACCAUCACCGCCACCCCCACCCCCACCUCCACCGACACCUCCUUCUCCGUCACCAAGUGAAUGUGGAGACUUCUCCUAUUGUACUUCUGAUGAGACAUGUUGUUGCCUUCAUGAAUUAUUUGGUUUCUGCCUCAGUUAUGGCUGUUGCGCAUACGAGAAUGCUGUUUGUUGUAGUGGCGCACAAUAUUGUUGCCCCAGUGAUUACCCCAUUUGUGAUAUUGAAGAUGGACUUUGUCUCCGAAACUUUGGAGAUUUAAUGGGAGUGGCGGCAAAGAAGAAAAAGAUGGGAAAACACAAGUUUCCAUGGACCAAAUUUGAACAAACAAAAAAGACACAUUAUCCUCUUCGGCUAAGGAGGAAUGCUUUUGCUUCAAUGCGUUGAAUCCGAAGGUUAUAGUCAAGUUGAUCCUUGAUAAUUUGUUUUGUUUUGGUUUUUUAUUUUGUGUUGGUGGCAUCCGUUGUGUUGGUUUGCUUGGAUUUUCUCGGUAUUAUGUACCGUGUAUUGAAAUUUAGAUCAUGUAUAUUUGAUUUUCUUCUAAAAGAAAAGAACAUUCGCAUGUAACCUCAAGGUUAUUUAUGAAACUUCAGCUCAAGAGAUGCUGAAUAUAAUUUGAAA